GUAGCGUCAGAAGCGGUGGCCCUUUUCUCAACGACGUGAAUCAGCUCUACCUCGCAGGCUUGAGGCUAGACUGAAAGCAAAGUUUCCAGAAUCAACAGCGUUAUCCCGGGCCCUUAAAUCUAACGGGCAGUCCGGGCAACACACAGCGUUCACAAUGUCCGAGAGAGGCGAUGCUGCGCCGGCCUUUGUCAAGCUGAUUGUCAGAACUGAGGGGAGUCAGAUGUUCUCAGAGCGCAAGUUCCCUGUCACAAACACAAUUCGGGAGAUCAAAGAGAAGCUCGAACUCCUCACAGGUGCAUCUGCCAGCUCUAUGAGGCUGGAGCUACGUGACUCGGGAGAUGCAAACAUCAUCAAGAACCUGACGGACGAUGAUGGUGCAUGUCUCAGUGCGUACCCCAUCUGCGACGGCCUCAUACUGCACGUUUCCGAUCCACUGAUGAAUACCGACGAAUUUAAGGACCUCUCAAAAGUGCCGAAGGUGCAGCUUUCCGAGGAGGCCUACAAUCGACGCAACAACUCAGCACGAGCUUUCCUGCAGAAGAAUGGGCUCGGCCGUUUCAACGAGGACGCACAGGAAAGGGCCCGCAAGUUGGAAGAAGAGAAAGCGCGCAAACAGAAGGAAAUAUUCAAGGUCAUUCACGUUGGGAAUCGUUGUGAAGUGGUCGGCAUAGCUGGCCAGCCAAGGCGGCGUGGGACUGUCGCCUACGUCGGCGAGGUCGACUUCAAGCCGGGCGUCUGGGUCGGCGUCCGCUAUGACCUUCCGUUGGGCAAGAACGACGGCAGCGUCGCGGGGAAGCGGUACUUCGAGUGCCCCCCCAAGUACGGCGGUUUCGUGCGCCCCUCCGACCUCAUGCUCGGAAACUUCCUGCCCGAGGGCGACUGCACCGAUGGCGGCGACAUAAACCUUGAUGAAGAACUGUAGUGGAAAGCACCACGUAGUUCACACGCGCCUUUUUGCUUGUAGUUUGUUUUUACACUACUUUGUAAAUUUUUUUGAACGGGAUUUUCCAUUUUCGCUCACUCUAUUGCGCAUAGUAUGCGUCAGGUUUGAGGAGGGCAAGAAACUCGCGAGGGAGAAUAACCGCAGAGUUACACAAAGGUUCGUUCUAUUUAGAGCAAGGCACUACUAUUGUAAGAGAGGCGGGAGACCUUGGCCAGUCCGUUUCAAACAAAGUGAAUCUUGGAUGAAAUUUCAAGUUCUUAAAAGAAAAGAUGCUCAUUGAACUAGGUGACCAGUGCUUUUGUGCUUUCAGAACCAGCGGCUGUUACAAAAUAUGGAGAUUUAGGGUAGCAGGUGAGCACAGCGUUGUAGGAAUGAAGCUGCUCCCUUUUAUGAAUUGUUAAUAAUGUUAUUAAUAUUACCUUAAUCGAUUGUGGCGUAAGCAAAGAAAAAAAGGUAACUUGAGAAGCACGGAAUUGCGCUGUUGCGGAAGAGCUUAAUCGUGGAGGCUGUUCUGCUGAACCUGUUGUGGAACCUGCUUCACACUUUUCACAGUUAACAGUGCAGGUGAUUGAUCAAGUUUUCUGCAGCAUAAAUUAGGGAGGUGAAGCAAUCCACUUCUAACCCAAUCUUGAUAUUGCUGAAGUUCGUUUGUGUAUUUAAUUAGAAAAAGGUAUUCCAAUAUUGCUCCUAAUGCAGCUGUCGAACAGUUAUAGACUCUUCUGUAGGCUUUAAUGCAAGACUUCGGUGGAAAGUUUAGCACGCGGCCAACUCUGAUUUCACUAUUCUAAUGCUACAGGCGAAAUGCAGAAAUGUUUUAAUUCUGAAACUGCUUAACCGAUGUAAAUGACAUUUUCGCACUUUAGAGAGCCAUAUUCUGCCAAAGUUGGAAUUAGAAUUGUGAUUUAUGGCCUCAGAUUCUUUGCAGGGACUGCAGAAAACUUGCAAACUUCAACGAAAUUGAGGCGCGAAGCUUACAACUCCGUCUGCAACAGAAAUAAAAAAAGAAUGUUCCUCUUAAGCUGCCACAAACACUUGAAUACAAAUGAAGUGUGAUAGAGUACCUGUCGUGGUAUAGUUGAACCUUGAUAUAAUGCGUAUAGAUAUAUUAAUUUUCAAGUAUAACGAAGUAAAUCUAAAAUUGGUUUAGCCAUGCUUCAUUUUGGUUUGUAUUUUGGUACUUAAUGAAACGGAAAAUGUGGAAUCCAAGAUAACAUUGGUUACAGCAAAGCAGAUAUUCAUUCACUUAUUCAUUUAAGCAGAUAUUCAUUCAUUCAGCUCAGUGUAUGUGUUUUUGUAGCGAAAAUGUCAAAUACAUAGUUGGCAAGAGCGCCUUGAAACGGUACAUUCCGUACGCGCAUGCAUGUUUUGGCCAAUGGCUUGGCUUGGCUGGCCCAAUGUGCUGAUCCUGUGCGACCACUCCAAUCGCACGGCAUUGUAAAGCCAGUUUCUAAUUUAGCUUUGUUGGCAUGACUCGUAUCUGCACGGCAAGCCAUCGACGAUCUGUCUAAAUUGACAGGAGAUCCUUUGAUGGCCUGUGAGAGGCGUCGUGCUUUCAUUCUUUUGCAUAGACCUAAUGGCAAUUUUUUUAUGCCGAUAUCAAUGGAUGCGUUUAUAACGAAUGUCGGAUAUAACAAAAUAUUUUUGUGUCACACACGACUUUGUUGUGAGGAUCGAGUGUAAAUGUGCUCUGCUGUAGCAAAGUGUCCUUUCAAGAUACUACAGACAGUACUUGAAACGGCCCACUCGAAUGGACACUCUUUAUGGCAUGGCGCAAUCAGUGACUGCUGGAAUUGUUUAGCUGCUGCAAUUGUCACUACGCUUGCACUCAUUAAGUUUUCAUUUUUGAGCACAUCUUAGGUUUGUUACUGGACUUCUGUAAAUUGACUCCUUUUUGUUUAUUUUUUUUCGACCGACUGCAGUGCAGAUUUCUCACUGUUAUGUGCACCUCUUGUACGAGCUUGUUGCUGUCGUAAGUUGCACUUGUGUAGGUCUGCGUGAUGAAAGCGCUCAAUUUACCGUAGAGUUUCAUACAAAUGCUACAAGUAAAGUAGCCUGGUGCUGCGAUUGUUCGAUGAGUGUGGCGGUGAAGCACUCGUCGAACAACACGUGCACAUUUUAAUCGGAGUUUCAUACGAUUACUAGAGGGAAAUGUGGUGCUAGUGUAUACGGGAGCUGCAAGCAGGGCAGUUCAGCCAGCAUCGGAGAAUGAUGAUUGGUACGUGAAUUUGCCUAAACUUCAUUCUUCUGGCUUUAAACAGCUUCAUAACUUUUCAACCUGAUAAUUUUCAAGAAAUACUGCUUUAUGAAUUACUAAGCAAACAUUAAGAUUGUCCGAGGGCAGGUUUCCUACACAGGACACCAUUAGCACAGAAGUCCAAUAUUGGAAGCAUUACGCCACGGAUGCAUAGACAAGUGGAACCGUGGACAAGUGCCAGUUUUCUUCAUUCGUGCCAACAUUGUAUAGAAACACUUGCACUGACAGUGUAAAAAAAUUUUUUUACAGAGAAGGUGUUUACCUGAUGGACGUGUAUGAAUGAGGUGUAUGCGUGAUCUCGUAGGGGGUGGGGUAUCUGGGCUGGCUAAUGUCUGUAAUGUGAACAAAAAGAUGGUGGUGCUGCGUGAUCUCGUGUGGGUGAAUAUCUGGGCUGGCUAACGUCCGUAAAGUGAACAAAAAAGGUUGCGGCGCAAGCGCCGAAUAGAAGAGAACGAACGAUAGUGCAGGGCAAAGAAAGAAAGGAUGCGCGAUUUCACCACGCACCGCACCUGCGGAGUGGGGGAGUGCACCCAUGCUAGCCGCCGUUGCUGCCUGCUCCGUCUGCUAUCGCAUGCCCUCAAUACAACGGCACGGCAGUUGUAAUGGGAAGACGCAGGGAUGUGCACCACGGUGUGCAAGAACCGGAUUGUGCAUUGCAGAGGUAAACCAUUGCAACAGUUGCAACUCCCAACAAAAAUGAAAAAAGUGGGAAGACCAUGCAUUGCGCGCAUGGCUGAAGAACAAGCAGAGUACGAAGAGAGGCGUCAGCAGCAGACACACGACUAUAACCACCGACAACAUGCCCAUGCUAAAGCAAAGAAUGUGGCCAGUGACUGCCUCCGAAGAACUUCAGUGAGAGCAGAUGCAAGAGUAAUCGUUGGCAUCGAGCGCAAGCUACCGAUAAAGAUCGCGCGCUGUUGGCCGCCGGUUAGCGUCAAGCUAGGUCGUUCGAGUCUGCGUCCAAACGGCAGAAGUGUCGAGUUGCCACCUCCUUUGAGUUUCACCGGGGCGAAUUCCAAAUUCAAGAGAAUGUUUCUGGAUGCGGAUUUUGGCCAUGGUUGCUUGGUCUGCGAUCGACGGCUUCGCUGGCUAAUCCACCAGCAUAUGAAGUUUUUGUUGAUACAGGAGCAAGGUCUUGUAAGUGCAGUUCAGUCUUUAAGUAGAACAAAUUGAAAUCCUAAUUGUAAUGCAUUAGUUAAACGCACAAAUGACAAUGAACGAAGAAGGAAACGCACAGGACAAGCGCAGAUUUCUAGCAUGGGUAACACUCAAUUCACACAUAGAAAGGAAGGAAGAACAGGGCCCAUUGAACUGUUUCCUUCUUCGUCCAUUGUCGUUUUGGGCGGUUACAUAAUGCAUUACAAUAUCGACCACCAACUAGCCCGCCUCUCCCUGUUAAAAAUUGAAAUCGUAAAGGUGUUCAAGCUAAAUGUGUGAAAAGCCGCAUGCUUCUGAUCAUUCCUGUGAUGGUUGACCAUUGUCUGACGGUUUCAGUAAACAUUUGGUCAGAGAUUUCAUCUGGGUAGUCAUUGUAUGAAGCUCUAUGGUAUGUAUUGCAUAUAUUUGCACAGUGCCAUUUGCCUAUCCGGUGAUGAACAGUUGUGCCGGAUCUUCGACAGAUUGUAUAACUGACUUUGGUUCUACCAGUUGGCAAAACGUGGGAAAUUAACCCACACUCGCCCCACACUCGCAAAAUAACUCUGCUGGCGGGGUUAAAUUAAAGACAGGGUCGUUGACAAAAAAGUUGCGUGCAGUUUCUGCCCUGUGUAAUGGUUUCCGCAUCAUUGUAUUCUAAUUUAUUUCAACAUUCCCACGAAGAACAUGUUUCUCAACUGGUUCGACAGGCGCUGUUGCUAGGACUGGUUGGAGAACUGCAAAGUGAACCCCCGACGUCCAAAGAAACUUGCGGUGCCUUUGGGCAGGCUGUGGCGAGAAGGAAGUAAAUAAAAAUUUGAUAAAGAACACUUAA